AUGGCAAGCGACGGCCCCCGGCCACCCCGGGUUCACGCCCGCGCGCCGCCGCGUUGCGCAGUCGCCCCGGGCCACGGGGGUGGGCCUCCCACCGCCCGUAGCACGCCGCCUCCGCGUCGCCCCUGUGCGCGCGCGGCGACUUCCCGCGCUGCGCCAAGCGUGCCGCACCGAUGGUGUGCGGAAGGGAAAGCAGGAGAGGAGGGAAACGCGCGGCAAGGCCAAGUCGUCUGCGCGCCAAUACAUUCCGGCCUUACGCGCGCGCCGUCACGGCUGUCGGCCAACCCCCGCUUCCCGACGCUUGGCCCCGUGCCGUUCUCAUCGCCGAGCCACCGGGCGCCACCGCUGCUUCCCACGUCCUGGUUGAGUUACCCCGCCGUCGCCGCCGUCGCGGGUGCCCCACUUGCGCCGACCAUGAUAUCGAGGGCUCGAGGGAAAGACGGUUGCCAGCAACGGCCAGCAGCACAGGGACCCGCAAACCCGCGCCGGCUGUCGCCCAGCAGCGUCCGUACCUGGCCUCUAGCCCCGAACUAA